UUUUCCUGCGGAAUUUUAUUUUAAUACUCUUAGAAAUUACUAAGUGUUUAAAUAAGUGAAUCAUUAUUCCAAAUUGUGAACGAGUUACACUAAUGAAUAGUAAAGAAGGCGGUGCCGCUGAGCCCGUGGCGGGUCCCAGCGGGAUGGCUCGCAAGAAGCGCAAGCGGAGCCGCAGCCGCAGCAGCAGCAGCAGCUCCUCCUCCAGCAGCAGCUCGUCGAGCUCCACGUGCUCGAGUAAGAGCGCUCGAUCUCGCGGCCAUCGCCGAAAGAAAAGUAAGCGUAAGCAUUCUAGCCGUAUAAUGAGCAAAUUACUUAAAGAAAUGGCCGAGCUUAGGCAACAAGUGCAUUCAAAUUGUGGUACAGUACAGCCCGAGUAUCCGGACAAUGUAUCUAUAGGCUCUGGGGUUAGUGGCGAGUUAUACGGACACCUGGCGACUCACGAACCGGAACCGCCUGCAGAUGAUCCUAUAUCUGAACCGGCCUCAUUUACGUUUGAUAUAGAAACUAAACUGAAGGAACCAUCUGUUCCCAAAACUCCAGUUAUAUUUCUUAAAAUGCUUGAUGAGGUGCAACACUUGGGCAGCAAGGCUUGGUCAGAAGUAAGAUAUGCUGACACACAAAAGAUGUAUAAUCAUACUCCAGGAUUCAUUGAGUUAGAAACAAACGAGGAGGUAAAAAAUUAUGACUCCUUACGUCACCUGUCUUACGCUGACAAAUCCUAUGCUGCCCUGACAUUCGGCAUUCUUAAACAAAAAGAGACUCUGCAAGAGGCUAUUCGCUGUCUCUUAUCUUGGGCUAAAACAACAAAUGUAAAUGUUGAAAAUUUGAGUGAAAAAGUUGAGGAGGUAUUUCAGAGGGGUAAUUUAGCUAAAAUUACUUCUGAUUUAUUGCAAUUGGCUUGUGGCCAUCGAGCCGAGGCAAUCGAAAUGCGUCGAGAAGCAAUUUCGAGCCAAAUAAAAGAUCCUUUAUUAAAGGCAAAAAUAAAUAGAAUACCUCCUUCAACGACGUACAUUUUUGAAUCCGAGCCCUUCACAGAGGCUAUAGAAAAAGCAGGCGGAGUUCGUAAAGCAUUUUGGCCUCCUAAAGCCGAACAGUCGAAGCCGAGUCAAAUAAAUAACGGCCCCUCGCGGGGGCAAAGCAUUCGAAAACCAACAGUUCCAUCGCGUGGAACUCUAAACUACCCUCAGUAUCAUGAGCAAUUUAUGUUACCACAAAAUUAUGGUAAUUAUUACAACCCACCCUCGCGGGGUGGUCACCAUAACCCUGCCUAUGCCCAUGUAUAUAAAAAUCAAGCAGUUAAUGGUCAAACUGAUUACCAUGCCGUUGGUAGGGGCGCCUUUCAUAACCGAGGCUCGCGGCCUGAACGUGGAGGUAGCCGAGGUCGCUCGUAUGCACCCAAAGGCAAAGGAAACCAAAAAAGAUAUAAAAAAUGACUCGCGGUUUCGGGCAGGUCGAUUAGCGCAGUUCUACCACGCAUGGAAGAAAUUGGGGGCGCCAAAAAUAAUCCUAAAAUUAAUAAAAGGUUAUCGCAUACCAUUUUAUCUAAAACCCCCACUUUUGCGCCCAAGUCUAACCAAGGGUCCGUUUCAUACACCCGUCACAAAAGAAAUGACAUCGAUCAUACAAAAAAUGAAGGCACAACAUAUUCUACAGGCAGUCCAAAUAUCUCCAAGUUUUG